AUUAUAUUUUUUUAAUUUUUUAUUUUAGAAAUCAUGAUUUAUAGAAGGAGUAAGAACUAAUGGAAAAAAUGACAGGCAUGGCAACUGCUAUGGAAAGACACGUCCAGCAGACAAACGAAAGAUUGCAAUGUAUUAAAGAGGCUUUGAGUACACCGACCGGAUUCCAAAAUGCAGCGAGAGAACUUCUCGAAUGGUGUAGUGAUAGCAGAGCAUUCCAGAAGGUCUUCGAACAAAAUCUUAUCGGUUGUUUGACGGUGGUCAGCCAGGUUGCUGUGCAGCAGGGGUAUGAUUUGGAUCUGGGUUAUCGUUUAUUGGCAGUCUGUGCAGCACAGAGGGACAAGUUUUCACCGAAAUCUGCAGAAAUCAUGAUUUAUAGAAGGAGUAAGAACUAAUGGAAAAAAUGACAGGCAUGGCAACUGCUAUGGAAAGACACGUCCAGCAGACAAACGAAAGAUUGCAAUGUAUUAAAGAGGCUUUGAGUACACCGACCGGAUUCCAAAAUGCAGCGAGAGAACUUCUCGAAUGGUGUAGUGAUAGCAGAGCAUUCCAGAAGGUCUUCGAACAAAAUCUUAUCGGUUGUUUGACGGUGGUCAGCCAGGUUGCUGUGCAGCAGGGGUAUGAUUUGGAUCUGGGUUAUCGUUUAUUGGCAGUCUGUGCAGCACAGAGGGACAAGUUUUCACCGAAAUCUGCAGCUUUGCUGUCGCUAUGGUGUGAAGACUUAGGUCGCCUUUUGCUGCUCCGUCAUCAGAAAAACCGUGAGGGGGACCCGACCCUUCAACCACCCAACAUGCAUCAAUCUGUACAGAAAAAUCUACCUCCCGUUCCCCAAGGGUUUUGCUUUUAUGCUUUAGUAGAAAAAGAGCAAGAUUUUAAAAUGAAUUAUGCAUUUCAUAGGGAUUUUAAUAUAGGAAAAGCAUCUAAUCUCGAGGAAAUUUCACGAAAGAACAAGAAUAAUAAGUAAUAAAAUUUUAAAAGAAAAGUUUAAAGGAAUUAGUUAUUUUUCACUGAUAUCUAAUUAAAAGAAAGUUGCUAAGGUAUUAUUUUUUGUUCAUUGCAGAAUUAAGUUAUCUAAGAAGCUGUAUAAAGAAAAAAAAUAAGAAAAGAUUGAUGUUAAAAUUAAAAGUUUUGCCAGAAUAUCCAAAAUAUUUUUUGCAUUUAAAAAAUUUUGUCUUGUUCUAAUACCUCUUGUCUAGUACAAUCUUUUGUAAUUGCUGAAAAGAACAAAAUGUUUUUCUUUACUAUUGUUGAUGUUUUUAAAUUCAAUCCAAAAGACUUUUUGCACCUUUUGCAUUUUAUUUUCCUCUCCUCUUGUUUUUAUGUUGUUUAUACCACAUUAGUUUAAC